UCCUCUCCUUUUCCUCCUCCUCCUCUUCCUUUUCCUCGGCCCUCCCUUCCUCGGCCCAACCAUGUCCCAGCUCCACGCCUCCGACAGCGUGUUCUGCCACAGGCACCGGUGGAAGGUGGGGCUCCUGGACCUGGUGGACGAGCUGUGGAUGACCGACGCGCUGCCCGACGACGAGCUGUCGCUGCCCGAGGGGCUGCAGCUGGGGGCGGACGAGGCGGAGGCCCGGGCCCCCGUCGCCGAGGAGAGGCCCGAGGAGCGGUGGUCCGAGCCACCCCUGGCGCAGCUGCUGGAGGACGAGGCGGAGCCCGGCGCCGGAGGCUGAGACCGCGCGGGCUGCGGCCCAGCGCGGGCCUGGGCGUUGUCGGUCGCGGGUCGCCGUCGCCUCCCACGCCCCCCCCCCUCCUUCGAGGAGGGGAGGCAGUAGGGAACGAAGGGAUCGAUCGACGGCCCCAGCACGGUGCGAAUGUCGCCCGGGUUCCGCCUUGCGGCAUGCCACGCCUGCGCCAAACGACAGGACCCGAGCCGGGCCCCAGCGUUGUAGACUUCGUGGGGUUCCCCCUCCUUCUCCUCGUCCUGCUCCUCCUCCUCCUCCUCCUCCUCCUCCUCCUCCUCCU